AUGGCAGAGCGCGAUCGUGCCUCUCGAUCAUCCAGCGACGAGGACAUUUCCUCGAUCGACGACGAAAGACAACAUGCGACUAACGGAAACAGCAAUGCCAAUGGAGGAAAUCUGGAAAAGCAGACCACUGCGUCUAGCUUGUCGAUAUUCGAAAGUCGUGCGCAAUCGGCAGUUUCGAGGAUUCGGAGUCGAGACCCUGGCCAGACAAUACCGUUCAAUCAUCCACUGUCGCAUACGAAGACUUCGACUGAUGUGAUUGUCGAUUUUGAUGGGCCUGGUGAUCCGUAUCGGCCGUUGAACUGGCCGUUUCGUAAGAAGGCGAUUACGACGGUGUUGUAUGGGUUGACUACAAUGGGUGCAACUUGGGCAAGUUCGAUUUUUUCUACCGGCACUGCACAGGUUGAUGCGCAAUACGGUGUUGGAUCAGAAGUCGGUUUACUAGGAACCUCAUUGCUCUUGUUUGGCUUUGGUAUUGGUCCCCUGAUAUGGGCGCCGCUAUCCGAAGUCUACGGCCGCAAACCAGCGGUUCUAAUACCUUAUUUCAUCGCCGCGGUCUUCUCAUUCGGCACAGCAACAGCCAAAGACAUACAAACGAUCAUGAUCACCCGAUUCUUCACUGGCUUCUUCGGUUCUGCACCAGUCACCAACACCGGCGGCGUCCUGGGCGACAUCUGGACAGCCGAGCAACGCGGCGCCGCCAUCGUCGGCUACGCCAUGGCCGUCGUUGGAGGACCCGUAAUCGGCCCCAUCGUCGGCGGCGCAGUCGUCCAAAGCUACCUAGGCUGGCGCUGGACCGAAUACCUAACCGGCAUCCUAAUGAUGUUCACCCUCACGCUUGACAUCCUCAUCCUCGACGAAACCUACGCCCCAGUCCUCCUGGUCUACAAAGCGCGUCGCUUGCGCUUCAACACAGGAAACUGGGCCCUGCACGCCCGCCACGAAGAAUGGGACGUCACCUACAAAGAACUAGCCAACAAAUACCUCAUCCGCCCCUUCCAACUCCUCGCCACACCCAUCUGCUUCCUCGUCGCCCUCUACGCCUCCUUCGUCUACGGCAUCCUGUACCUCUGCCUGGCCGCUUUUCCUAUUGUCUUCCAAGAAGUCCGCGGGUGGAAUCAAGUCGUCGGCGCGCUGCCUUUCCUCGGCAUAUUGGUAGGCGUCCUCUUCGGCGCAGCCAUCAACCUCACAAACCAGAAAUUCUACAUCGCUCGAUUCAAAGCAAACAAUAACUUCCCCGUCCCAGAAGCCCGUCUUCCGCCCAUGAUGCUCGGAUCCAUUUUCUUCGCAGCGGGUCUCUUCAUCUGGGCAUGGACAGGAAACUCCGCAUCAAUCCACUGGAUAGCACCCGUCAUCGGGACGGUCCUCAUGGGCUUCGGAUUUUUCACUAUCUUUCAAGCCGCGUUGAACUACCUCAUCGAUACGUUUCAGAAAUUUGCUGCGUCUGCUGUUGCAGCAAAUACGUUUUUCAGAAGUAUGUUCGCCGGAUCGUUCCCGUUGUUCGCGCAGAUUAUGUUCCAUAAUAUGGGCAUUGGGUGGGCUGGUUCGGUGCUGGGGUUUAUUGCCGUGGCGCUGAUUCCGAUUCCGUUUUUGUUUUAUAUUUUUGGGAAGAGGAUUCGGGCGAGGGGAAAGUGGUCUAGGGCGUCUGUUUAUGGACAUGAUUAA